AUGGGAGGAGUGGGACAGGAAUGGGAGGAGUGGGACAGGAAUGGGAGGAGUGGGACAGGAAUGGGAGGAGUGGGACAGGAAUGGGAGGAGUGGGACAGGAAUGGGAGGAGUGGGACAGGAAUGGGAGGAGUGGGACAGGAAUGGGAGGAGUGGGACAGAAAUGGGAGGAGUGGGACAGGAAUGGGAGGAGUGGGACAGGAAUGGGAGGAGUGGGACAGGAAUGGGAGGAGUGGGACAGGAAUGGGAGGAGUGGGACAGGAAUGGGAGGAGUGGGACAGGAAUGGGAGGAGUGGGACAGGAAUGGGAGGAGUGGGACAGGAAUGGGAGGAGUGGGACAGGAAUGGGAGGAGUGGGACAGGAAUGGGAGGAGUGGGACAGGAAUGGGAGGAGUGGGACAGAAUGGGAGGAGUGGGACAGGAAUGGGAGGAGUGGGACAGGAAUGGGAGGAGUGGGACAGGAAUGGGAGGAGUGGGACAGGAAUGGGAGGAGUGGGACAGGAAUGGGAGGAGUGGGACAGGAAUGGGAGGAGUGGGACAGGAAUGGGAGGAGUGGGACAGGAAUGGGAGGAGUGGGACAGGAAUGGUGGGUUUGAGCGUAGAGCAGAGGACAGGCGACGCCUUAAGUUCAUCACAGGUGUUGUCGAGCAUGGAUGGAGGCGACGGCGGAGGUUCUCUCCGUGAAGCCCCCUUCCAGCAUUUCCCUUGCAAAAGGUGGCCUUUCACAGAGGUGGGGAUGGGUAGAAAGGGGUAG